CAUCCUGCUUGUGUAUCGAUAUGUAUCUUCUAUUGGUGGCGACAUCCCUUUCUCUUCUCCGCCUCGUGCGGGCUGCACAACACCCCCUCUAUUUCGACUUUCAAGAGGAUGUCUGCAGUGUCACAGAACAGAGUUUCUUUCCCACUUUGAGAGUCCCACGGAUCGAGGAAGAGCACAAGCACUCGGGAAGCUGCAGCCAUCACGAGCCUGCGCAAGCUCAAGUACCUGAAUCUCCCUACGCGCCCUGGACGCACAAAAAACAGUGUCUCGAGGACGAUGAGAAUUACCAAGAAUACUGCGUCUACACCAACGCAAACUUCGCCAACAGUCGAGGAAUAUCAUUCUUCACAACGCGAUCGAUAACAAAACAGGUGGAAUCCCUGCCCGCCUUCGUGCGACAAGGAGUCCACGAGAAGACCAACAAAUUCGACGACCCGCCAUGGGAAGUCAGAAAUGUUCCGGGUCGAGGCAAUGGUCUAUUCGCAACGCGGACCCUCCAUCGAGGAGAUGAGAUUAUUGCCGCUACUCCGGUAGGAGUAUAUCACCAGGAUGCUUUCAUUCCCGACCGUCCGAUCGGGUAUGAAUACCUUCGGAAGACUUUUGACCAGCUGCCGAAUACUACGCGAGAGAUCAUCCUUCGGACGGCGGCGAAUAACCAGGGAGAUCCUAUUAUGGAGAGAAUCAACACGAAUGCUUUCCUUGGAGAAUUUGAGGGCGCUCCUCACUUCCUCUUUUAUCCCGAGACUGCUCUCAUGAACCAUGAUUGCCGUCCAAAUUCAAUGCAUUACCACGACCCCUCAACCCUAAUCCACGCCACAUAUGCAUCCCGAACCAUUUCACCUGGAGAAGAGAUAACCAUCACUUACAUCAACAUCCUUCAAACCCACGCCGAGAGACAAUUUCACCUAAAAAACGUCUGGGGUUUCGACUGCACCUGCUCACUCUGCUCCUCCAACCCGGGCGAAAUCUCCACCUCCGAUUCCCGCAUCCGGGAAAUCUUGCAAAUGCAAACGCACCUCGGAGACUGGAACCCAAAUUCCCUCGGAACGCCGCGAAUGGCACGGCAGUUGUUAGCUCUUUACGAAGCGGAGGAGGUGCAUGCAGCGAUGGGGAAGGGUCACGUGUUUGCUGCGCUGGCGUAUAAUGCUGUUGGUGAUACUUACAAAGCCAAAAAACACGCGAAGUCGGCGAUUGAGGCGGGAGUGGUGAGUAGUGGGGAGGAGAAUGUGGAUCUGAGGGAUAUGACAACGUUAAAAGAGAAUCCGGAGGGGCAUUGGAGUUUUAUGGCCAGAGUUCCGAAGUAGUAAUUCAUUAAUGCAUCAAAGCAUCAAGUUUGAUUAUGAAACGGUUUGGAUAGUCCCCAGAGACACGAUAAGGACAGCGCAGCACCUACUAAUCCGUCAAUAAAG